AUGCAUAAUCAGUUCUUUCCUAGAUUUCCAGCGGCAAUGUAUGAGCGAGUACUUGAUGAGGUGGAGGUUGCGAGGGAUCUCGUUGACGCUAUUCGGGCCACUACCGACGCACCAUUACAUGCGUGUAUCGAUGCUGCCAAGACCUGCAUGACUGUUAUGGCUCCAUUCCUUCAGGACGAAUCGUUCUCACGAAUACAAAAAGCCGUCCGUGAAUAUGUCGUUUGUGUUAGUGAUUGUUACGACUAUCGCCUUCUCUCGCACAUAAAGCAACAGUUAGAAGGAAUAUUCAACGAAAAAGAUGAGCUCAGCUUCUCCAGUGAGCAAGAUGACAACAUACUCAUCAAGUACCUUCGUGCGUUCUCCGAUUGCGCGACGAAGACUGAUUCAGCAGUAGUUUUGAAAAUAAUCACAGCGGACGAUUUUGAAUGGCUGAACCAUCUCAUCAAUGUGUAUCACAUGGAUCAGAACGAAAGUGUUCGCUAUGAAGGAUUGUGUUGUAUCGCCGCACUCGUCGACUCUUGUCGCAGUCUUAUUCCUUUUCUUCUCAACUCACGACUUCCAGAAGUAUUGGCUUCGGAAUUUCAAACAAUUGAUAGUAACCUGACUGACUUGCACCUUAUCGCCAUAAAAUUGCUCACGAAGAUUUAUUCAACUGAUAGACCCCCUCCACUUAAUCAUUUCGAGUUCUUCGAUUGCAACUUCUUCAUGAAAAUAGUUGGUCAGUUAAAAGUGCAUCCGUCGGAGAUAUUGGAUCUCAUGGUGAACUUUAGCUUCCUUAUCCCGGAAGCCUAUAGUAAUGCUGUUAUUCUCGCACUUGAAUCGAAUCCUUGUCCACUUCUUGGACAGCUCCUGGUAAAAGCUGUAAAUGAGGAAACAAGUGAUCGCCGGCUCAAGUUUUUCAUAGACAUUGCUGGACACGGUACAUUGUAUAAAGAAUUAUUUUAUGAAAACGAUCUCGAUGUUUUAUCACAUGUUGUUGCAAGAGAACUAGGAAAUUCUGAUGAUGUACAGAUUCGUUCCCGUUGCAUGGAAUGUAUUGCCCGAUUAGCAGAAACGGGUCAUUGCGAUCGUAUGGUACGAGAAGCCGUCGAAAAUUCCGAUUUCGACGAAGAAUUGCGUUCGCAAACUUUAGCUGCCAUUACUGAGUAUCAGCUAUGA